CAGUCACAUUUUAUCAACGUCGCGACGCGCUGCUGUAGUCGAAGAAGAAGGCAAAAAGGACGAAGAAAAAGAGAAAAAAAAUCUUUUCGAGACCAGAACUUGAAAAUAGCGGUUUGACAAAUUUUUCACACCUUUCUUCGCGAUUCCCUUCAGGAUGUCCAAGAUGGGAAAGCGCGCGGUUCUUCGCUCUCUUCUGCCCUUUCUGACCCUCGUGACCUUGAGCUGGGCGCAGUUCCGGUGUCCCGAGCCCAAGGGCUUCUUUCCCGACCCGGAACAGUGCGAUCUUUAUUAUUCCUGCGUGGACGAUCAGCCCGAGGAGAGACUUUGCAAGGAUGGGCUCGUCUUCAGGGAUGAUAAUCCCAAGAAAGACUUCUGCGACAUUCCGGCGAAUGUGCCUUGCGGCGAUCGCACACUUUUGCAGGAGCCACAGCCUAGCAAGGGCUGUCCACGUGCAAACGGCAUCUUUAGCCACGAGGAUCCGACCGCGUGCGACCGCUUUGUCAACUGCAUCGACGGAGUAGCGCAAGUGGUACCCUGUCCACCCGGUCUGAUCUACGAGUCGAAAAUGUCAAGUUGCGUCUGGCCGGCGGAUGCCACUCGUCUAUGCGAGAAUGUCAAACGUGACGUCCUGGACGACGGCUUCGUCUGCCCGGACGGUGACGUUGCUGGACCGUCCGGCAGGAUUCUGCCGCAUCCCACGUAUCCGCAUCCCGAGGACUGCGCCAAGUUCUACAUCUGCAAGAACGGCGUGGUACCGCAAAAAGGCCAGUGCGACCCCGAUACUGUGUACAAUGAGGAAAUUUUCAGGUGCACUGAACCGGAAAAUGUGCCAGGAUGCGAGGAUUAUUACAAGCGGAAGAACUGAACGAGACGGACCGAAGGCGUCGCAAGUAAUUGCAGCUACAUGUAUAACACACUCAUCUUUUUAAAUGCGGACACAAUAAACGCAUGUGAUAUGCACGCUUACGUAAAUGCCGCCACGUGGUCCUUACGAGAGAGUGUAUGCGCUUUCGUUCUCUCUGCUCGCGCGCGACAUAUACUACCCCUUUCUCCUUUUACGUAAACGAAUUUGCCUUCGGAAAAUCCGCACUGCAAUCGUCGGUCGCUAACCCGCGAAAAGAAAAUAUCAACUAUAUGGCAACUUGUGUUAAAUAAAUUCUCCGCCUUUGAACCGGUCCAAUUUUAUGUAAUUAACGAUUAUAUGCGCGCGAGGUGGAAUUUUAUUGUAAAAACAUGCGUACACAUAAACUCGUAAUUCCGCGAUUAAAUAAUUCACGAGAUCAUUUAUUAUAUUUCGGAAUUUGUUAAACAAUAUUUUUCAA